AACGACAAACGACAUGCGCUACAAGCUACGCACAAGUGAUUCAAGAUAUACUUCGUCUAUCUGAGAACUUAGAUAGCCAUUCGGAAAAUAAGCUAGUCGCACCUCUCCUUCCUGAACACAAUGGCGCCUGUGGCAUUAAGUACAGUGGAGAACGAACUCAAAGACGUGAUUCAGCACCUAUUCGAGAUCCAAUCCGCUGUUCACGGCUACCUAGGCUCCGAGACGCAGAUCGAGUUGGUCCGAAAGAUAAAAAACCUCACCAUCGCACUCAACACACUCUCAACAGACACAAAACCAGACCCAUCCAUCAACCCGGAGACAUUCAACAACAACAACCCAAUAAACCGUGACGAUCCCCCCGUAGCAAGUAUCCAACUCCCGCCCGAAAUAGUAGAUUACGUCGACGCCGCUCGAAACCCAGACAUUUAUACGCGUGAAUUCGUCGAAUUGGUACAACGAGGGAAUCAGGAUCUAAAAGGGAAGAAAGAGGCUUUUGCGAGUUUCAGGGAUGUACUGGCUACGGAGAUGAGGAGUGCGAUGCCUGAGUGUAGGAGGGAGGUUGAUAGGGCUAUUGCGAACACGGCUGGUUCCAGUAGAGGGGUGUAAGGGCGGUUGAUAUUUGGGCUACGUACGUAUCUAUCUGUCUUUUGGGGUCUUUUAUUUGGCUUUGUUUAUUGUUGUUGCGAUUGGCGAGGCGUCUCGGGGUUAUCUUUAUUCAGGUUCAAAGGGUGAGACAUACCAUAGUUAAGGGUUGUCGGGUGUUAAAAACUACAGAUCUGUAUUGCUAUUGUUCUGCAUGGCAUUUGAUGUUGAGCUGAG